AGCAUUUUAGAGCUUUCGGACGCAGACAUUGUUGGUCUUAGUUUUAUUUGUAGACAGUUGAAAAUAUCGUGACGCCUUCCGCUUCCAACCCGUCCAGUUAACACAAGGCAGGAAAGGGUUACUUAAACGGAAGUGACGUUUCAGCGCUUGUGCCGUACUCGGAAGUGAACAAGAAUGAAGAGAGAACUGGACAGUGAAAGAAGCUAAAGAUAGGUGAGAAGACAGGCUGAGCGGCUUCAAACUCAUCUUACACCCGAGUUUAACUUUCCUGUCUGUGCACUGUUCUUUUAGUGUAGUAAAAGCAGCAACGCUCGCUGUGGAUGUUCUUCUGUUAGCAUGCCCGCUAAAGCAAAACAGCUUCGUUAAGGAAGAGAUUAAACAAAUAUAAAGAGUAUUAAACAUAAGCAUUUACAACAACGAGCGCCGUCUGUAAACUCUCAGUGAGCAGCAUUUGAAGAGUCGAUACUCAUGCACUGUAUCAGGACUGAGUGUUCAGGGCUCAGAAUGCCGCUGUGAUUUGGAGAUGUCUCUGAUCGUCUGCCAUGCUGAAGACCCCAUAUUGUGUUUCAUUUGUAAAUAUGAGACCGUUGUUAAAUACAGUGCAUGCAUGUCUAAGUCUGCUGCCACCCUGAAGUUCAUGAUGGAUCUCUCCAUGACUGUCUUAAGCGUGAGGGAGUGAACCCUUGGAUAUUUGAGCAAGAUGGAAGGAGAUAUGGCUGUACAAUGGGAUACAAUAGAGCCGCCCGUUGUUUCUCUGGCCAGUCCGUGUUAUGGAAAUGACAGCCAUGUGAUAUCGUCACAAGGACCUGAGUGUGAACAUGAGACGGUUGAUGAUUUUGAUUGUGAGUUCCCUGAUGAAGACUUUGAUUUGGAAGUAGAUGAGAAUGAAGAGCAACAUAUCAAAACUGAAGAUUUGAAUGAUGAUCAGGUGCAAGAUGGGAUUUCUGAGAAAGACCAGGAGAAAUGUGAAAGAGGGGGAAACACUGAAUUAGAGACUGAGUUUAGAGACAAUGGAGAGACUAGAUCUCGCAGUGCUGGAACUGGUAGGAAAGGAAAGUCCAAAAAGGGUGGAUCAGGGCAGGGGCCUUGCGAUCAAACCCCGUCAUGGACAUCUCCAUCUUUCAUGUCUCAUAAAUCCUUCCUUGCGUCAUCUGGGCCCGGCAGACACAAGCAGGUGAGGCGACGCAACCAGCAUCUGCACAAUCACAGCCGCGUGCGACAGAAAAACGGGAUCCAGCUGGUCAUGGUGUGUCGGGAUUUCCUGGCAGAUUUCGUCAGCCCCUGGUGCAUUUCCUGCAUCCAUAUGGUCGUGGAGCUCAUCAUCUCUUUGACCCACCGCUGUGGGGUUGCUGUUGAAUCAUCUGCACUUGCACUAUACGACUUUGGAACACACAUGCUUUACAAAGUGACAGAUGUUCCAGGCAUGACGCAAGAUUUGAGGCGAUUCCUGGACUGGAGCUGGUGUUCAGGUGUGGCUUUAAUAGAGGGCAUCAGCAGGUCUGCGCGCUGGGCUCGACAUGCUCUUCUUUCCAGUUUGAGAUUUGUUUGUGCUGCACUAAGCUCUGGCUCUCAGAUGAUGAGGUGUAUUGUGGGAAGGCUGGCUGGAGAGAGAGGCAGGAAAUGGUGGCUUGCCCUCCAGAGCAGCAGGGUUUGGAGGAAAGUGUCGGAUCUGACCACGAGGAUUCAUGGGUGUUUCUUUAAAAAAGGCGUCAUGAGUGAAAGAUCAAAUCCAGAGUCUCCCAACAGGGGGGCAGACAAGUGGCAACCUGGCGAAGAACUGCAGAGACUGCUGGCACUAGCAAAGAUCCCUGAAGAGGAGUUGGACCCAUUUAAUGUUCUUGGAGUGGAUAUUCAUGCCACUGAAUCAGAACUCAAGAGAGCUUAUAGACAGCUGGCAGUGCAGGUUCAUCCAGACAAAAACAAGCACCCAGGUGCUGGUGAGGCCUUUAAGGUGUUAAGAGCAGCGUGGGACAUUGUCAGUAACCCGGAGACUCGGCGAGAGUAUGAAUUGAAGCGUAUGGCAGCUACAGAGCUUUCAAAAUCCAUGAAUGAGUUCCUGACCAAACUGCAGGAUGACCUGAAAGAAGCCAUGAACACAAUGAUGUGCACUAAAUGUGAGGCCAAGCACAAGCGCUUUGAGAUGGACCGUGAGCCUGGUGAGGCCCGAUUCUGUGCUGAAUGUAGUAAGUGGCACAGUGCCGAGGAGGGAGACCUGUGGGCUGAGUCUAGUAUGCUGGGACUGCGCAUCACAUUCUUCGCCUUCAUGGAUGGCAAAGUCUUUGACAUCACUGAGUGGGCAGGCUGUCAGCGUAUAAGUAUCUCUCCAGACACGCAUCGCGUGCCGUAUCACAUCUCUUUUGGCUCUAAAGGUAGCAGCGGCACCAGCCGCCACAGAUCCCCCCCAGAUCACGCACCAGGUGGAGGCUCACCUGCAGACCUGCAGGACUUCUUCAGCCGCUUCUUCCAGGGUGGAGCUCCCAGUGACAUGUCUGCUAAUGGAGGAUUCUUCCCAACAGGAAACCCGCCGCCUCAUUCCUCCGGAGCAGCUGCAGGGACUUCAACCAUGUUUUCAGGAUCUUCUCCACAAACAGGGUUCUUUAGCCCAGGGGCCCAACGGGGCGAAUCCAGCGAACACUGGACUGACGGAGGAAAGCCCCCACGCCGGCGCAAGAAAGUUCGCAAGCCAUUCCAGUGCUGAGGAAUGCAAUGUUGUGCAGAGAU